GAAUGUGUAAAGCCCAGGCCCAGCACCGCUCUAUGCUUCAUCCUUUUCAAUUUCAAAUAUUUUCACACGAACAAAUACCGGGAGGUGUCUGCGAAUUCAAUUGCUCUUACAAGAAAUGGAUCAGCAGAGAGGAAAACGAGCAGCGAUUAUUAUCUCCUCCUCCUCUGAAGAAGAAGAAGAAGAAGAUUACGAUGACGAUUCCGACGAACAAUACAGCGACUGCGAUGAAGCAUCCGAAUCGGAUGACAGCGAUAUUGAUCAUGAACAAGAAGAAGAUCGCGACGAAGCUUCCGAAUCGGAUGACAUCGACGUUGACGACGAAUCCCUCUCCGAAAAAGUCGUUUCUCUCCUCCAAGGUGGAAAGGAUAUAGAUUCACUGAAAUUAAACGAAUGCAAAGCGUAUUUACGCGAACACGGAUUGAGGCUUGCAGGAAAUAGAGCAGUUUGCAUUGCGAGGAUUAAAGAGCAUUGGAGGUUAAAACAUGGAAAUGGAUACACGUUGUAUCCAAGAUCAUCCUUCAACAUUAAUUGUACAGGAGAUGUCUGCAUGGGAGAUGUGGUUCUAUUCAGACAAAAGGUUUAUGAAAAAUUUAGCAAAGUGACUAGGCAUGGAAGAGUUCUAGGAAACAGAACUAUUGCUGGGAGGGUUGUAAAGGAAAGCUAUGGUGCAGCUAAACAACAACAUACCUUCACUGUUGAGGUGUUGUGGAGUAGUGGGGUUAAGAAAUUACCUUCACUUUCUUGUUUGCUUGUAAAGGGACGUAAUCUCUAUAAACAGAAAACUUACAGACAGAGAUGGAAAAAUGAAGCUGAUAGGGUCAAAGUGCUAUCUGAGAAGCACAGACGUGGUGCAGCAGCAAGGUUUGCGAAAGCAUUGAAGCAGAAAAAGAAAAGCAGUUAUGCAAAUGGAUCUAAAGGUUCUAAGCCGCGACAUGAAAUCCAGAAUACCGAACGAUCAAAAAGAGGAAAAUCCUGUGUUCUAAACAAGGUUAGACACCUUGAUGAUUCCAGAAGAGUAAACGAGUAUCAAUGUCAUGAUGCCGCUUCAUCAACACAAGGAACAUGGAAUGAGAGUGCAUCUUCAGGAGCCUGUAGAUCUGCAAGGGGAAGAGUACACACGCCUGCUGAAUAUGACCGUUAUCAAGCUCUAGCCUAUCCAUUACAGGCUAGUAAUCGACGCAUUCCAUAUCAAUCUCAAAGCCGAAAUGGAUCAAACAAAUUCGUUUAUCGUGAAAGAGUCCCAAUUCCAAAUAUGAUAGGAUUCCCACCUUUCAGGCCUGGUGUUGGUGAAUUCACAUCUAGAAUGAAUGUAUUCCGUGAUAGUUAUCACACUCACACCAACCGAUACAACUUCGAAAUGAGGAAUUUUUUUGGAUGAACAAUGAGGAGUGUAAGCAAUCUUUCUUCAAAUGUGGUUAUAGUCAAAUAGUUAUGUUGUACAUAUACUUGUGGAAAAAAAUGUACUUUUCAAUGUUUUUUUUUACUGAAUAAAUGGUUUUUAAAUAGAGCUUAAUAAUUACUUACUCCA